AUGAUCUUCACAUCUACACGACCCCAGCUGCAGAUCCCAACAAACCUUCCAAUAUGGGACUGGCUGUUUGACUCGGAACACUCCCCGCUGCGCCGAUUUCCUCCCGCAGAGCUGGGCGCCUACGUCAAUGCCGUGACCGAGGAGCGAGUGCGCUACGACGAGCUGAAGGAAUACACCACGUACAUUUCCACCGCAUUGGUUCGCAAAUAUGGCCUCCAGCCCGGCGAAACGGUCGCCCUGUUCAGCCCCAAUACCAUCUGGUACCCCGUGGCCAUGCUGUCCACCGUGCGCGCAGGCGGCGUGGUUUCCGGCGCUUCGCCCGCGUACAACGUCGAGGAAAUGACCUACGCGCUCAAAACCGCCCAGGCGAAGUACCUCAUGACCGUCCCGUCGUCUAUGGAAGUGGCCGUCCCCGCGGCGCAGGCCGCGGGCAUCCCCCAGGAGCGCAUUUUCCUCCUCGACGGGCAAAAAGAGGGGUACACUAGCGUGCAGGAGCUGAUCCAGAUCGGGAAGAGCUAUGCCGAUGCCCAGGUCGAGUCGUUCAAGCUCUCCCCGGGCCAGACGAACCGCGAGGUGUGCGGGUUUCUGAGCUUCAGUAGUGGCACCACUGGAUUGCCUAAAGCGGUGCGUCGACUCGGCUUAAAACAUCAGUGCAUGCAGGUGCAGCAGGUGACAGCGCCGGACCACAAGCGGUCGCUAGCCGUACUGCCUCUCUUCCACAUCACCGGCCUCGUGCACCAGAUGCACCUCCCCGUCUUCCUCAACUCGGAGGUGUACAUGCUGCCCGCGUUCACAAUGGCGAGCAUGCUCGACACGGUCGUCAAGUACCAGAUCCGCGAGCUGCUCCUCGUGCCGCCCAUCGUGAUCCGGCUGCUCUCCGACCCCAUCGUCGCGAACUACGACCUCUCGCACGUGCGCAAGUUCUCGUCCGGCGCGGCGCCGAUCGCGCGCGAGGUGCUCGUCAAGCUGCAGGAGCGCUACCCGCACACGGGCUUCAAGCAGGGCUACGGCAUGACUGAGACGUCCAGCUGCAUCACCAUGCACCCGCUGGACAAGCAGUCGUACGCGUACGCUGACCGCGGCGGCAGCAUCGCGGCCAAUACGGAAGUCAAGAUCGUCGAUGUCGACUCGGGCGCGGAGCUGGGGUAUAACCAGGCCGGGGAGAUCCUGGCUCGCGGCCCGCAGAUCGUCAUGGGGUAUCUGAAUAACGAGAAGGCGACCCGCGAGACCUUUGAUGCGGAUGGCUGGCUGCAUACGGGUGACAUCGGGUUCAUGGAUCAGGAGGGCUUCAUCAACAUCACCGACCGCAUCAAGGAGAUGAUCAAGGUGAAGGGGAUUGCGGUGUCGCCGGCGGAGCUGGAGGAUCUGCUGCUAGGGCAUGAGGAUGUUGAGGAUGUUGCGGUGACGUCCAUCCCGGACGCGUACUCGGGCGAACGGCCCAAGGCGUAUGUCGCGCUGAAGCCGGCGGUCAAGGAGCGGCUGGGGGGCACCGGCGGGCUGGUCGAUACCGGGCGCAGGAUCAUCGAGUAUGUGCGCGCGAAGAAGGUCCGGCACAAGUGGAUUGUCGAGGUGGAAUUUGUUGAUGAAAUCCCGAAGAGCCCUAGUGGGAAGAUCCUGCGACGGGUGCUGCGCGACCAGGAGAAGGGGAAUCGCAGUGGGAAGCGGUUCGUGGUGCGCGACGAGCGGACCAGAGCGAAGCUUUAG